AUGUUUCGUGUUCCACCAGCUGGCGAGCCUGAAGAUGCCUUACAGAAGCGUCGUGUUUCCGAGCCGAACCCUCCCCCUCAAGACUCGCCACUGCAAAACAGGACGCCCAAGUCCCAUGCUCGGCCAAGGCAGUCAGCGGCCGAGCGAUCAGAUUCGAGUGGGCAGCCUCUGAGGCGGCGCAAGACCAGGUGCUCAAGAGCCUGUGAGCCAUGCCGCGAGAGAAAAGUGCGGUGUAUCGUCAACAGCUCCAUCCCUUGCGAGAGGUGCAAAGCCACAGACGCGAAAUGUAUUAUUCGGCAAAGAUUUGUCGGGAACGCAUUUUUGAACAACUAUCCAUUGUGCAAGCCUUCCAAGUCCCUAAGGGAGCAUGCCGAGCCUCGUGGAAUGGCAGCGUCGAGUGGUUUCCCCUCUACGAAGAGCGGGACUAGUCCAGUCGGCCCUGCAGAAGAGAUGUUGGACAAAUCUGAUAUAUCGUAUCAAGCAGAUCCGAGGGUUGAGAUACAUCCGGAGCCACAUGCGAGACCUCUCCAGCUCUUGGACUCGGAUUUUAAAUCGACCAGCGCGGAGGGUACUCCCAGUCCGAAAUCGACCCAAGAGAUCGCUUCCUACCUACACCUGCGCUCAUCAGUCACUAGCGCGCAAGCAAGCAGAGUGACUCGGCACGUUCUCGAGAGGCUUGACUCUGAGAUUCUUACCCUAUCAGGUGUCACUUUGCGCCAGUCCCUUCUUCGACAACUGAUGAGCCAAGUUCGAAUAUUGAUAAACAGCCUACGUCAGAUCGAAAGUCUCGGAGCCGUAGGCGCCAUAACUGAUCCCUCUUUGGGUUAUUGGGAGCCUACUAGCCAAAGACAUGGAGCGUGGGCGGAUUCCGUGGAGGAAAUCGACAGGAGGUCCAAAAUCCUCGACAAUUCCCAACAGUGGGCAUCAAUCGAAAUGGACAGAUUUGGGAACUUCUUGUCAGGGAACGAUCCAGGGUAUGAAUCAGGAGCAGUUGGGCCAGGCAGUCGAAAUAGCGCUGACCUCGGGACUGCUCCGGAAGAGCUGCAUCGAACUGAGAGCUCAGCGUCCGCAGAGGACCAAGCUCCAUGUCUGCAGGAUGGAUUAUGGGAACUGUUGGACGAGUUUAUAAACCCGACACCGCCGCCUAUCUCGGAGCCUGUCUCGCGGCCUAAAUCUAGGCGAGGCGGCUAUGGUGUUUCUGGACCGGAUGACGGAUGGGGCUUUUGGAGUUGA